AUGACACCGUACGACCAAGAUGCAGACGAACAUGAGCCAUUCAACGGUAAAAGCAGUCAUCGAUCAUCAGCUGUGUCUCUGUACUUAACGGCUAACUCCUCUCUCACGGAGAAUCGGAAUGAACGCCUCUCGCUGGUUGCAGCAGACCUAGAGCCUGAGCUCAUACGAUAUGAAGAACGAAAUGGAGAUGAGCACGUAAAUGAUGCAGGAACAAGUGCUAGCUCAGAAAUGCAUUUUUGUUCCAUGCAACUUCAUGUUCUGCUCGCCGUUGUGCUGGUAGUUUUUAUUUUUCUGAUUUUGGUCCUCACCAUUCUGAUAAUUGUAUCGCGGCUGAACUCAGAAAACGAUGACUGUGAUGAAGAAGGCACUAAAAAAGUGUUGUGAUGUGCGGAGAUGAAUAAACGUGCUUUUGGCUCAAAAAGGUAAGUAAAAGUGAAUUAUAGGUG